AGACAAGGAAGAACGGCUGAACUGAAACAGCGGUAACUCCGAUGGUGGUUCCGGUGAUCACAGCCACGUUCCCAGUGACCCGAACGGCGGUGGAGGAGCUCAACGGCGACGGCGACGAUUCUCCCCGGUGGCUCCCUCUCGCGCUUCCCCUCUUCUUCGUCAGCGACGUCGAUGGCUUCCCGGUGGCUUCCCCACGGCUCUGCUCGACGAUGACGGACCCAGAGGUGGCGGCGAUGACACGCGCAGCAGCAGCCCGCGAUGAUGACGACGGAGGCUUCGAGGACGGUGACCCGCGGCCUCUUCUCCUUCGCGUCUACUCCCUCUCCGCGGCUCUGCCUCGACGGCGGCUCAAAUGGCGACGGCGCCGAGGCUUGUCGAUGGUGGCGGCGCGGACAGCUUCCUCCCUCCAGCGGCACCCUCUCCUUCUCGGAUCUCCCUCUUCCCCCUUUCGCUGAUUCCGUUUCCCCUUCUUUCUUCUUUC